AAGUUUAGAAAGUUAACAAAAAUAGUUUAUUCAUACAAUAAACGAAGUAAAAAUGCGUUAAUUAUAGUGUAAAUUAGUGGUAGCUGUUACAGAACACCCACGGCUGCUUAGUAAUUAAGGACCAAAAUUAACACUGGAGACUUUUCCCCCACCCAAUUGAAAGCACCCUGUAGACGGAAAUUUCGAAAAUGCGAGUGCGUUGCCUGCGUUGGCGGCGGCGGCACGCUCGGCUACAAGUUUCUGAAUUAACAACAUCUUCUUGUGAGUUCUUGUGUGAUUUAUAUAUUACUCGGUAUCAAUCUGGAGCUGCUGUGAUGUGGGCAAUGGGCAUGGGCAUCUCUUCUUCGUCGUCUUGAAGCUGCGAGAAUCUUCGAAGUCGCGGUGUGUGUGUGCGCUGCGCGGUUCGUUGCUCUCCACUCUCCACUCGCCAGCGAAAGAGACCCGGCCCCGUCUUGCAUUGCAUCGCAUCGCAUCGCGCCAAGUGAAUAACAAUGACGUUCCGUAAGCAUAUAUCACCGAAAGUUUUCAAAGCGAUUCAAAACCUCGACGUUGAAGCACUCUGUGAAUGCAGCGAAGAAGAAAUCCGACCGGUGUUACCAUGUCUCGUGCGAAUGGGGCUCAUUUCACCGCUGGACACAUCCCGAAAGUGUUCCAAUCAAAAGAUAGGCAUACUCACCAUCAUUGCAGCCAUAGAAUGGGUAAACUCAAUCGUUGCAUUACUCAGCAUCAACUUUCAUGUACUGGAAGCUGAUGUGAAGAAAGAGCAACAACUCCGGCAGAAAAUUGGCACAAAUCAGAAUGAUUCUGUAUUAAUUGGAGGAUUAACUAAUGGAUUAGCAUUGGAGUAUGAAAGAUCAGAUAUGACACGACGAUUAAGGCUUGUAUUAAGUGAAUUGUUAUUCAUACAAUCACAAAUUCAAGAGUCAGAGAGUCAGGAACACGAAUUCUUCAUGAAGUCGUCGGAUUUAUUUGAUAAUGAUAUUUAUAUUGAAGAAAUCUCUGAUGUAAUAUGCAUUGCUUUGGCUGAAUUGCCCACAAUUUUGAAUAUUUCUUCAAUUGUUGAGGUACUUUUGCAUGUGCAUAAUGGUCCUGCUGUUGUUUGUCGAAUCGUUGCUAAUUUUCCCGACUCCUUCCGUGAAGUUUGUACGCAGUUGAUCCAAAAAGGCGAGAAACAAGAAGAAAACUUAUCCAGCAGUAUCCGUUCAACAACAAUCACAUACCUAUGCCGAAUGAACCCAGCCCAAGCCCUAUCCAUCCGCAGUAAAUGCGUGGAAUUAUGCCGUAUGCCCGCUCUGGCUGUAACACUAACUCUCCAACAACAACAAGAACAAAAAGGUAAUCAAAGCGACAUGGUUGCAUUUAUAAGCGGAUUACUACUCGGCAACGAUCAACAAGUACGCAACUGGUUCGGUUUAUUCAUCCGCACCGGCCAGAAACGCAAAGGCGAAGUAUCAUCAAACGCAUUACAAUCACUCCGAGAUGAAUUACUACGGCGUCUACAACUAUUAGUCGACAGCAGUCGUAAUGGUACACUCCCCGACGGUGUAGUCGUCCAAGCAGCUGCAUUACUACGCUUAUACUGCGCCCUGCGCGGAAUCGCCGCUAUAAAAUUCCAAGACGACGAAGUGAAUCUCCUCGUGCAGUUAUUAACAACACAUCCGAAUCCCACACCGGCAGGUGUACGAUUUGUCUCUAUUGGAUUGUGUAUGUUAAUAGCUUGUCCUUCAUUAAUCAGCGCUAGUGAUCACGAGCGUAGAUCUAUCGAAUGGGUGCAGUGGUUGGUCAAAGAAGAAGCGUAUUUUGAAUCUGCUUCAGGUGUUUCCGCAUCUUUCGAAAUGUUGCUAUUGAUGGCGAUACAUUUCCACAGUAAUCAAUUGAGUGCAAUUUGUGAUCUUGUUUGUAGCACCCUGGGAAUGAAAAUACCUAUAAGGCAUAAUAAUAUGACGAGAAUGAAGCAGGUAUUCACCCAGGAUAUAUUCACAGAGCAAAUUGUUACUACGCAUGCUGUGAAAGUGCCUGUUACUUCCGGAUUGAAUGGUAAUAUGUCUGGGUUUCUCCCCGUGCAUUGUAUACAUCAGUUAUUGAAGAGUCGUGCGUUUGCCAAGCAUAAUGUCAAUAUUAAACACUGGAUCUAUCGCCAGAUAUGCGCAUCAACGAAUCCUCUGCAUCCGGUUUUACCGCAGUUGGUUGAAGUCUAUGUGAAUUCUAUUCUUGCGCCGAUACAGUCUUUUGGACAGCGUAAUACCGAAGCGAAUAAACCUCUAACCGAGAAUGAAAUACGUCGAGUUUUUAAAAAUUCUAUUUUCGGGAAGUAUUUAAACUUAAAAAAUACUCUGCAGAUUGGUGAUGCUGGUCCGGUUGAAGUGGAUGUACCUAUCAGUCAGAAUACUCUCACACCGCAGUUGUUAUUGCUUUAUUAUUUGUUGUUGUAUGAGGAUUCAAGAUUAGCGCAUGCACAGAGUAUCCUCACGAGCGGUGUGAGGAUAAAAACGUAUUCCGUGGAGUUUUUAAGUGAGUUGCCUAUAAAAUAUUUGUUGCAUCAUGCGCAGAAGGAUCAGACUUCUUAUUCGACGCUGUUUGGGCCGUUGUUGAAGUUAUUAGCGACGCAUUUCCCGCAUUUGACGCUUGUUGAUGAUUGGGUGGAUGAUAUGUCCCUGAAGACAGCUGUGAAAGAUUGUAAAAUAUCCGGGAAGUUAUCUGAAGCCCUGAAGGAUAUUAAAGAGAAUCCGUCGAAGUUGGCGAAGAUUUUCCAAGAGUUGUUGCUGACUGAAGCGAUUGAUAUCUGGCCGCAUGCGGAGUUGAUUACGCAGUAUUCAACGAAGAUGUUGGAUGAUCAUGUGCCGAGGUAUCUGCAGGAUUUGUACAAGGAAGUGUGGUUUAAGUUGAAUACGGUGUUGCCCCGGAGGUUGUGGGUGAUGACCGUGCGUAAUUUGGUUGGGAAUUUUACGGGAUUGACGAGGAUUGAUGUUUCGGAGGAUCCGUUACAGAUUAUGAGGUGUGAUGUACGAGUUUUUCGCUGCGCGCCUGUGUUUAGUAUUGUUUUGCGUGUGCUGCGGGCUAGUUUGGCGUCGUCGAGGAGUCAAUUAACGCAACAUUUGACGAUGAAUCCGAAGUUGGACCCGCAUGGAUUGGUGGUCAACGAUGCGGAGAGGGAUGAUAUGUGUCGGGCGUUAAUUGCGGCUCAGGAUAGUGCUGCUGUACAAAUGCUGUUAGAGGCCUGUACGGAAACAACCCAGGAUUCCACGGAUGCUGCAAGUAAAUGGGCAUUACAAGAAGUACGCUCACUGGUUUGCUGUUACCUGCAUCAGGUGUUUAUAGCAGACACAUCAUUGGCUAAACUAGUUCAUUUUCAAGGCUACGACGCUGCUUUGAUUGAAGUGAUAGUCAAAGGAGUGCCUUCCAUGCACAUUUGCUUGGAUUUCCUUCAGGAGUUGAUGCAACAGCCGAUUCUCAGCAAGCAGGUGUUUGCUAUCCAACUUCUGAGCCAUUUGUCGGUGCAGUUUGCCCUUCCGAAGAGUCUCAACCUGUGCGUUUUAGCAUUGAAUUUGCUGUACGCUCUACUUGGAAGCAUAUCAUCGAGUCAACGCAUCAAAUUGUUCAAACCUGUGUUGCCGGCGUUGGUCCGCAUCAGCGUCGCAUUUCCACCACUUGCUGAAGAUAUUGUUCAGUUGCUGUUGCAAUUAGCGCGGAUUUGUGAGUCGCAAGCGUCGCUAUGCUCACACAUUGACAUCCAUUUGAGCCGCAGUGAUGAUUCUAUCGCCGAAGACAGCGAAGAAUUGCGUGAUCUCACGCAUAAAACUUAUCUGGAGAUUUUAGAUAAUACGGUUUUGAAUCGACAGAUUUAUAAUUAGUACAUUCUUUGAGUACAUUGUUUGAUAUUCUUGUUGAGAAAGAGAUGAAAUUUCGUUUUCUAAUUAUUUAGGAUACAUAUACCCUCUUUAAGGGGCUGAGAAAGGGUUUGGAUGAUUCUAUUGCCGUUGUUUCCAACAUUUUGAUCAAAACGCCCUGUAUCUUUUAAUUGUUUUGAUGAAUUUGAGCGCUUCUUUGAUAUUUUUUAUAGAGAAAGAGUUAUUUUAUUAGUUCUUCUUAGUGCUUGCCCACUAAAGGGGUGAGAAAGAGCCGUCAUUAUCCUUCCAAGUUUAUCGAUGUUUGUGAAAUUUGAAAACGGUUAAGAAAACACCCUAUAUUUCUUAAAUGAUUCUGUCCAUUUUAGUGUGGUAUAUGUUAUUUUGUACGGAAAGAGUUGCCCUUUUAUUUUAUAUGUGACUUUGAUUCCUAAAGGGACUAGAACUACCUUGUAAAUGUCAUUAAACUUUUGUAUUUUGUGUUAUGUUUAUGUACCCAGAAGAUGUAAUAUUUUUAAUAAUCAUUAAUUUUUAAGUUGUA